AUGUACUUCUCAUCAGGUGUUAUUGCCGUCAUGGCUUCCCUUAUGACCCUGGGCCUCGCUGCCGACCCUUUGUCUUUCACUUCUUGGCCCAAGGAGCCCCUCGAAGCCGGGAAGCCCAUUACCCUUACAUGGACCGGUGCCGACCCUAACCAGCCUGUGACGCUUCUCCUCCGUCACGGACCUUCGGACCACUUGAAGGAUGUCAAGGCCAUCACUGAUCAGGCCAAGGAUGGAUCCUUCACUUGGACUCCCGAUAAUGAUAUCAAGAAAGGCGAUACCUACGCUUUCCAAGUGAAGCAGGGUGACCAGAGCAAUUAUACCGCUUUGUUGAAGUCUGCCGACAAGCCAAAUGCCGAUACACCCGAAAAGAAGGAAGCUACUACCGCUGCCACAGGCACCACCACUGCCCCUGCCACUCAAAUGUCUGGCUCAACACAGGCUACCCAGGCCACUGGCACCACCAUGACCACCACUGGCAGCCGUGCCCUCAUCAGCUCAUCGGCCAGCGCCUCCGGUAGCCCCUCCAGCUCUGCGGCUGCUAGCUCAACUGACAGUGCCAAAGUUACUGGUACUGAAGUUGUCAAUGGCAAGAAGGCCUCCGCCACUGGCAGUGUCCAGACUGGUAUUGCUUCCAUUCCCAAGUACUCUGUGCAAUUGGUCAUGGGUGUCGCUGGUCUUUUGGCCGGCCUUCUCUGA